GCGGAGCGCAGAGGCUCCGUCACGUGUUUUUCCUCCUCCGAGUGAGACGGCGGCGCGGUCGGCGGGGGCCGGCGCGCAGAGCCAGACGCCGCCGCUUGUUUUGGUUGGGGCUCUCGGCAACUCUCCGAGGAGGAGGAGGGAGGAGGGGAGAAGUAACUGCAGAGGCAGCGCCUCCCGGGGAAGAGGCGUCUUCCCCGACUCCUUCCCAAACCUCCCCCUUUGCCUCCCGCCCUCGUCCCCUCCCCUCCUCCCCUGCCGACUGGAGCGAGGGGCAGGGAUGAGCCUGUCCCUCCGGCGCGUCCCCAGCUCCCUCGGCUGCCUAGUAGCGUUUUGCGUGGAAAAGGCACUUUCUCCGCCCGCCGAGAUGGGCCCGAAUGGGGGCUGCAGCGGACCCGUCUGCGGGCGGCGGCAGCAGCAGCAGCAACAGCCGCAGCGCCGCGGUCUCUGCGAUUGAGCUGGUAUUUGGGCGGCUGGUGGCGGCGGGGCGGUUGGGGGGUGGGAGGAGGCGGAGGAGGAGGCGAAGGAGGAGGAGGAGGAGGGAGAACCCCGUGCAACGUUGGGACUUGGCAGCUCGCCUCCCCCUGCCCAAGGAUAUUUAAUUUGCCUCGGGAAUCGCUACUUCCAGAGAGGAACUCAGGAGGGAAGGCGCGCGCGCCUGGAGGGGCAGCGCGGGGACCCCCGGCCGCUGCCGCCCGUCUGCGCCAGACUCCAGCCCGGGUGGCAAGAGAUGCAUCUUCGCCCCUUCUUGGCCGCGGCGGCUGCGAGGAGACUCGGCUCUUGGAGGAUCCGGGCUUCACUCACCCUAGACGCACUGCCUCCCCCUCAGGGCAUGAAACGCCCGUAAACUCCGGCCGAGGCCGUCUCUUUGGCGCAGCAGCUGCGUCCCCCUUCGGCUGCCCCUCCCCAGCGCGGGGGGCGGCGUGGCUUUCGGAGUCGGGGGUUCGGCUGUCUCCAGCCCUGUUUGCAUGUGCGGGGCCGCGGCGAGGAGCCUCCGCCCCCCACCCGGUUGUUUUUCGGCGCCUCCCUCUCCUCGGCGGCGGUGGCGGCGGCGGCAGCAUGGCGAGCCCUCCCGAGACCGACGGCUUCUCGGACGUGCGCAAGGUGGGCUACCUGCGCAAACCCAAGAGCAUGCACAAGCGUUUCUUCGUGCUGCGGGCGGCCAGCGAGGCGGGGGGCCCGGCGCGCCUCGAGUACUACGAGAACGAGAAGAAGUGGCGGCACAAGUCGAGCGCCCCCAAACGCUCGAUCCCCCUCGAGAGCUGUUUCAACAUCAACAAGCGGGCCGACUCCAAGAACAAGCACCUGGUGGCCCUUUACACCCGGGACGAGCACUUUGCCAUCGCGGCGGACAACGAGGCCGAGCAGGACAGCUGGUACCAGGCCCUCCUGCAGCUGCACAACCGGGCCAAGGGCCACCACGACGGGGCGGCAGCCCCCGGGGCAGGAGGAGGUGGGGGCAGCUGCAGUGGCAGCUCUGGCCUCGGGGAGGCUGGGGAGGACUUGAGUUACGGGGACGUGCCCCCAGGACCUGCGUUCAAGGAGGUCUGGCAGGUGAUCCUGAAACCCAAGGGCCUGGGUCAGACAAAGAAUCUGAUUGGGAUCUACCGUCUCUGCCUGACCAGCAAGACCAUCAGCUUCGUGAAGCUGAACUCGGAGGCGGCGGCUGUGGUGCUGCAGCUGAUGAACAUCAGACGCUGCGGCCACUCGGAGAACUUCUUCUUCAUCGAGGUGGGCCGUUCUGCAGUGACGGGACCUGGGGAGUUCUGGAUGCAGGUGGAUGACUCUGUGGUGGCCCAGAACAUGCACGAGACAAUUCUGGAGGCCAUGAGGGCCAUGAGCGAUGAGUUCCGUCCUCGAAGUAAGAGCCAGUCCUCCUCCAACUGCUCCAACCCCAUCAGCGUCCCCCUGCGCAGGCACCAUCUCAACAACCCCCCGCCCAGCCAGGUGGGGCUGACGCGCCGCUCUCGCACGGAGAGCAUCACCGCCACCUCUCCGGCCAGCAUGGUGGGCGGCAAGCAGGGCUCCUUCCGUGUGCGCGCGUCCAGUGAUGGCGAAGGCACCAUGUCCCGGCCGGCCUCGGUGGACGGCAGCCCUGUGAGUCCUAGCACCAACAGGACCCACGCCCACCGGCAUCGCGGCAGCUCCCGGCUACACCCUCCUCUCAACCACAGCCGCUCCAUCCCCAUGCCUUCCUCUCGCUGCUCACCUUCUGCCACCAGCCCGGUCAGUCUGUCGUCCAGCAGCACCAGUGGCCACGGCUCCACCUCGGACUGUCUUUUCCCACGGAGGUCUAGUGCUUCUGUGUCGGGAUCCCCCAGCGAUGGCGGCUUCAUCUCCUCCGAUGAGUAUGGCUCCAGCCCUUGCGAUUUCCGAAGUUCCUUCCGCAGUGUCACCCCGGAUUCCCUGGGCCACACCCCACCAGCCCGAGGCGAGGAGGAGCUGAGCAACUACAUCUGCAUGGGGGGCAAAGGGUCCUCCACCCUUGCCGCCCCCAAUGGUCACUACAUUUUGCCUCGGGGUGGCAACGGUCACCGCUACAUCCCAGGAACUAGUUUGGGCACGAGCCCAGCCCUGGCUGGGGAUGAAGCAGCCAGUGCUACAGAUCUGGAUAAUCGGUUCCGAAAGCGGACUCACUCUGCUGGCACGUCCCCUACCAUUUCCCACCAGAAGACCCCAUCCCAGUCCUCUGUGGCUUCCAUUGAGGAAUACACGGAGAUGAUGCCUGCCUACCCACCAGGAGGUGGCAGUGGAGGCCGACUGCCUGGCUACCGGCACUCUGCCUUCGUGCCCACCCACUCCUACCCCGAGGAGGGUCUGGAAAUGCACCCUUUGGACGGGCGUGGGGGCCACCACCGCCCAGACGCCUCCACUCUCCACACUGAUGAUGGCUACAUGCCCAUGUCCCCAGGAGUGGCGCCGGUGCCCAGCAGCCGAAAGGGCAGUGGGGACUACAUGCCCAUGAGCCCCAAGAGUGUGUCUGCACCCCAGCAGAUCAUCAACCCAAUCAGACGCCAUCCCCAGCGAGUGGACCCCAAUGGCUACAUGAUGAUGUCCCCGAGCGGCAGCUGCUCCCCUGACAUUGGAGGUGGGCCAAGCAGUAGCACUGGCGCUGCCCCUUCUGGGGGCAGCUAUGGCAAGCUGUGGACAAAUGGGGUUGGGGGGCACCAUGGUUCUGCCCUGCCGCAUCCCAAGCUGCCUGGGGAGAGUGGCAGCAGCAAGCUCUUGUCUUGUACUGGUGAUUACAUGAACAUGUCACCAGUGGGGGACUCCAACACCAGCAGCCCCUCCGACUGCUACUAUGGCCCGGAAGACCCCCAGCACAAGCCAGUUCUCUCCUACUACUCUUUGCCAAGGUCCUUUAAGCACACCCAGCGCCCUGGGGAGCUGGAGGAGAGUGCUCGGCACCAACACCUUCGCCUUUCCUCCAGCUCUGGUCGCCUUCUCUAUGCUGCAGCGGCGGAAGAUUCCUCCUCCUCCACCAGCAGCGACAGCCUGGGAGGGGGAUACUGUGGGGUGAGGCCAGAUCCUGGCCUCCCACAUAUCCACCAUCAGGUCCUGCAGCCUCAUCUGCCUCGAAAGGUGGACACAGCUGCCCAGACCAACAGCCGCCUGGCUCGGCCCACGAGGCUGUCGCUGGGGGAUCCCAAGGCCAGCACCUUACCUCGGGUACGAGAGCAGCAGCAACAGCAGACCCUGCUGCACCCUCCAGAGCCCAAGAGCCCGGGGGAAUAUGUGAAUAUUGAAUUUGGGAGUGAUCAGCCGGGUUACUUGUCUGGUCCUGUGGCUUCCCGCAGCUCGCCUUCUGUCAGGUGUCCGUCCCAGCUCCAGCCAGCUCCCCGAGAGGAAGAGACUGGCACAGAGGAAUACAUGAACAUGGACCUGGGGCCGGGCCGGAGGGCGACCUGGCAGGAGAGCACUGGGGUCCAGCCAGGCAGAGUGGGCCCUGCACCUCCUGGAGCUGCUAGCAUGUGCCGGCCUACCCGGGCAGUGCCCAGCAGCCGGGGGGACUACAUGACCAUGCAGAUGGGUUGUCCCGGGCAGAGCUACGUGGACACCUCACCAGUUGCCCCCAUCAGCUAUGCUGACAUGAGGACAGGCGUUGUGGAGGAGGCCAGCCUUCCAGGGGCCACAGCAGCAGCUCCCUCAUCCUCUGCAGCCUCUGCUUCCCCCACCACUGCGCCUCAGAAAGCAGGGGAGCUGAUGGCUCGCUCUUCCCUGCUGGGAGCCCCACAGGGACCUGGGGCCAUGAGCGCCUUCACCCGGGUCAACCUCAGUCCCAACCGGAACCAGAGUGCCAAAGUGAUCCGUGCGGACCCACAAGGGUGCCGGAGGAGGCAUAGCUCUGAGACCUUCUCCUCCACACCUAGUGCCACCCGGGCGGGCAACACGGUGCCCUUUGGAGGGGGGGCAGCUGUAGGGGGCAGCGGUGGUGGCAGCAGCAGCACGGAGGACAUGAAACGCCACAGUUCUGCUUCCUUUGAGAAUGUGUGGCUGAGGCCUGGGGAGCUUGGGGGAGCUGCCAAGGAGCCGGCCCCAGUGUGUGGGGCUGCUGGGGGUUUGGAGAAUGGGCUUAACUACAUAGACCUGGAUCUGGUCAAGGACUUCAAACAGAGCCCUCAGGAGCGCCCCCCUCAACCGCAGCCUCCCCUGCCCCCACCCCCUCAUCAGCCUCUGGGCAGCAGUGAGAGCAGCUCAACCAGCCGCUCCAGUGAGGAUUUAAGCGCCUAUGCCAGCAUCAGUUUCCAGAAGCAGCCAGAGGACCUCCAGUAGCUCAACUGGACAUCACAGCAGAAUGAAGACCUGAAUGACCUCAGCAAAUCCUCCCUUUCCUCAUGGGUACCCAGACUCUGAAUAUUUCACGAUUCACAACCAGGACCUCACAUCUUCUUCCUCAGUAGAUGGUACGAUGCAUCCAUUUCAGUUUGUUUACUUUCUACAAUCCUCAGGAGUUCCUUGACUGAACUGCACGUACUAUAUUGUGCCAAGCAAAAAAGCACUGUGACACCAGAACCAUGAGUCUGCAUAAACUUCAUCGUCAACCUUAAGGACAUAGCUGGCCACGUGAGCUGAUGUGCCCACCACCAUGCCGCGAGAGAAUGGGUUUACUCUCCUUGCAUUUACAAGAUCCAUUUCAUCUGCUGCUGAAACUGUGUAUGACAAAGCAUUGCUGUAAAUUAUUUCAUCCAAAACUGUUCGCGUUGGGUGGAGAGAGUAUUAAAUAUUUAACAUAGGUUUUGAUUUCUAUGUGUAAUUUUUUUAAUUAAAAUGUAACUUUUCUUACAGCACAUCUUUUUUUUGGAUGUGGAACUGAGGUAUACUAUGUUCUGUUGUAAAGAGUGGAGCAAAUACUUAAAACAAGGCUAAUGAGAGUAGACUAGGAUACGAUCCUUGUUUUAAGAUUGUAAUUCAGAAAAAUAAUAUAAUAAGAAUCAUAGUGCCAUUAGAUGGUUCUCAGUUGUAUAGUUCUAUUUGUGGAUACUAUCUCUUGUAAUAUAGCCCUGAUGUUGAGCUGAGAUCCUUACGAGAAUUGAUCUUCAUUUUGUAUUUUUUCCUGUAAGGCAGUAGGCCAUGUUAAUUAAACUGAAGAAGGAUAUAUUCUACUGGGUGUUUUCAAGUGUCAGCUUAAAAUUGGCCAUUGAAUGGAAGCAAAAUUACAAGCAAAGGAAAUCAAAGUCUUCCAUUGCAUAUACUGUAAGGAGGAGGAGACUUGGGUGACCCCUUUAAAUCAAGAGCUCUCUUUGGAAUGAACAAUGUGGGUGUUUGUAAAUUCUGGAAAUUUCUUUCUAUUCAUAAUAAACUAGAGACUGUUGAUCUUUUCUUCUCCCCUUCCCCCCACUUCUGUAAGCUUCCUGCUACCUUUUUUUUUUUUUUUUUUUCCCCAUGCACUUGUUAGGAUAUUUUUUUUCUGGCAUUGUCUCGAGAAAGGUGGUUAAGACAAGUGAGUGCUUGUCUUUGAUUUCCAGCCGGGAGUUAAAAUUCCAGAAAAAUGGUUUUUAUCAUGACCAGGGCUACCUGUCACUUCCCACAAGACCCUAUCUCUUGUUUCCUGAGACCAUCCUGUGUUAGCUACAUGAUUGAACUGAAUAUAACUGGUUCCACUUGCCCUGGUGGGUCCUGGCCUAUUAACAAUUUAGUUAAUAAAACCCAGUGCACAGAGAGCAUGUCAAAGCAUAAUGACCGGCUCCUGAAACAUCUAGCCAGCAGGGAAGAUGUUAAUCCUCUUCUUGUUUGAAAUUUUUCCUUGUGAAAAAGAGAAGGCCGUGGAUAUAUUUAAAGAUACUGCCCACGGUGUUUUUCAUCUUUUUUGCCAGGAAACUUCCUAAAGGUUAAGUGAAUUAAUGCCAAGGUCGGGCUCCCUCAGAGUCUGUGGAAACUCUGCAUCAGAAUUUCCAGCCCUGCUGUGGAGGGGAGCAACAUUUCAUUUCUCUGAUGGCUUGAGCUCCCUGGGUUGGGGAGGGACUACCAGGUAGGGGCCAGGGCUGGGGACCACUGCGGUGGUUGCUGUCCCUCGGCCAGCCAGUCGGUGGCCGGGGGUGGGGUGGGGUGGGGGGAAUCCCUACUCUACUCAACAGAGAGUGGAGAUAAAUGGAACCCCUCAUGCUGCUGAGGCCUGUGGUACUGUUAAUUCAACCGGAUGGCAUGUACCUCACAGAAUGUUGUACGAAGUUCAUUGUUGCAGAUUCUGACCAUUUGCAUGCUCAUCAAUUUCUAAGAUGAAUAGGUCUGUAGUCCUAAGAAUCCAUUGUUUUCAAGGAACUUGCAUUUGCUGAAUUACAUCAUUUCCUAUGAGGAGAGAACACUACCGAUUUUAAAAAUCAGCUAUGAUUUUAUUUUAUUUUUUUUUACACUUUUAUAAAAAAGACUUUCUCGGCCAAACCAACUUAAAUUUUUUCAAGUAUUCUGACUCCUACUCCUGCCUAGUUUAGGAAGAGAGCAAGCUGUCCUGCUUUCUUCCAUUGAGGACAUAAGUAGUUAAAGAGACAUCAGUGAACAAGGUCAGCCCUGACUGUCUUCCUAUGAAGCUGGUUAUUAUUUCUCAAGGAAACUAUACUUUGAAUAUGUAUUACCGAGAUAACCUCUGCUUUGUGGAGUACCAACAUGUUUUGGGUGAGAACAGAAAUCAACAGACUGGAAAAACCAUCUCUUGGUUAAUUUCUCUGAUGUUUUGUUGAGUCCAAUAGCAUAAAGGUAAAAAUCCUAUUUUAAUAAGCUGCUUCUAGUAGUCCUUGAGCUGGGUUUGGUGGUGGAGUCAGACUGCACCAAUUUAAAACUGGAAGUGGCCGGUAUUUAAGGCAAAAACUCAUGCUCUGCUUAUAGAGGGCUUGACCUUGAGCGACAUCAGCUGCUAAAAUCCAUGUGUUCAGUUCCUAUUGAAAGCUGGCUUUUAUCCAUUUCCAAGUAUUUGUAGGCCAGCCAAGGAAUUACAUUAAUGGGGCUUCUCGUGGCCUCUGGUUAACCUAUAAGUUAGUGGCUUUUUCCUCCUGAGACCAAUCUUUUAUAGUGUUCUUUCUUAGAGACCUAGGCAGAGUUUUAAAAUUCUCCUUUGUGGAAAGAACAAAUAUAGUUUAUGACUUUGAUGAUAUCUUCAUUCUGGGCAGGGGAAAAAAAAAAAAGUCCUAGAACCAGCUAGAAGUGAAGAGAAUCCAUUAAUGAUCAACCCCCUGAGUCAAUAAUGAUAAUUCAGUACUGAUGUUACAUUUGUGGCUAUUUCUUGCUGACUUUCAAAGGUCAGGGACUCAAUCUAGGUUGACGGCAAAAAUGGGUUUACUAAAAAUCAUUGAGCCAAAAGUAGAGGUUUUUUUACGCUUUAUUUCCCCCUGUUGUCUCCUACCUUUUAAAUUUGAGACAUUUAAAGGAUUAAGAAACAAUUUUACUAUACUGUAAUGAACAGUAUAAUACAAUACUGAAGCCCUGUUUUGAUUAAUCUUGCAUCCUGAAUGCAAUACGCUAGGUAGUUAAAAACUUUUAUUUACUGCAGGUGGUUUAAAAAUGGGAGGGGAGCUAAUUGUCCAGUGACAGUAGAGCUAUGGGAAAUGGGAGAGAUGUGAAGUGCUCUGAGUGCUUUGGCUAGAGCUCUGUGGGUCAGUCCAUCAUGCAGAGAGGCCCUGAAACCAGAGACCCUGUGGGAAGUAAGACCUUGACUGGAGACAGAGAGGAGGACCAUUUGCAAGGCAUGCAGAGGAGGAUGGAUGGGAGCCAAACAUGAAAUCGCUUUGCAAUGACUUGACAGGGGAGUUGGUGUGCCUAGGACAUCGUGUAUGUUAGUUGGAGGUAAUGCUGCAUUCAUAAACACUGCUAAAAAACUUUAGCGGAAGAAGCACGCACUCCUUGGGAUGUGAGGAAAUAUGGCCUUGCCAAUACUAAGAGAGAGACCUUGUCUUGUGAUCUUAGCUCUGGAGAGCAAAAUACCCUUCUUGUCAGUAGAACUUCAAGGGUUAAACACUGGUACCUUUGAUCAUCUCCAAAGUCAAGCCAGAUAAGAUCUUGGAGGUCCCACCAUAGCUCUGUCCAAUCGUCUCCUAGGCACGGGUAGAGAAUGUGUGGGUGGGAUGCUAUGUUGGGUUUCCCACAGCUUGUAACCAGAACAUCCAGUUGGAUGCUGAGAGGAGGCAGAAAGAUAGUGAAGGGGGUUGACCCUAUUCUUAAGGAAUUUAGCUUAUAAUUAGCUAAUAAGAUUAGAAAACAUGGCUUAGCUGGAGAGUGAUCUUCCUUUCAUCAUUUGUUGAUGACUUGGCAUUUGUGAAUGUACACCAAGAGCUCUGGUGUUCUAGAUCCUUGCCAUUCACCUGACAUUUAAAUCUCCCUUUGCUUCUGUUAACUUCCCCAGUGUUAAUCAACAUGCCACGUGAUAGGACAAAUUCAGCAAACAGGAAAAAAAAAAAAAAAAAAAAUUUGUCUGUAUUUGUAUAAGCAUUUUUAGUGCUGUUUUAUUUUUGUUUUUGUUUUGUUUGUUGAUCUUAGAACUUUGCCGUUGGCUUCAGAAUGUAGUUCCCAGAACAAUUUUUCUUACCAAGUUCUUUCCUUACACCUCUUGGCUGCAGGGUGGGCCAAAUUAAAUACAUAUAUAUUUUUUCAUUUACUGUAUGUGCAGUUUGGUUUAUCAUCUUCAGAUGGUGGUGCUGCUGAUGGUGCUACUUCAUCUGUGUACAAAAGGACCAAUGCAUGGUCUGUGUUGCUACCAAAACAUUAUUGUAUAUACGUGUAUAACAUGUAUUAUGUAUAUAUGUCAUGGGUACCAGGCCAGGUAUAUAAUUUUAUUUAGAAGUGUUCUACUUUUCUGAGUUUUCUUUAUAGUGUUAUACUUAUUUUCAGUUUUGGGUUUUUUUGUUUUUUGUUUUUUGUUUUUUUUUUCCUCCCUGAUUCUGUCUGGUACUUAGAACUGUAGUGUCUUCAUCGUUAAUUAAAGAAAAUUGUCUAAAUGAA